AUGAAGUUCUCUACUGCCAUCGCCUUCUCCACCAUGGCUCUCAGCGCCAUAGCCGCUCCUCCCCCUCAGGAGAACUCUACUGCCGCUGCUGCACCUGGCCUGCUCCAAGACCUUUCGUCUGAGGUCGCUGCACUACUCGCCUCUCUCGGUCUUGGUGGUCUUCACCCCCUGUGGCGUGCCCUCCUGGACGAUCUUUCUCCAGAGGUCAAGGACCUUUUGAACCGUCUCGGCCUUAGCGGCCUUUCCCCUCCUGUUGGCGACAUUGUUGCUACCGCUGGCAAAGAUGUCAAGAAGCGCGCUCUUCUUGAGGAUCUCUCACCCGAGGUCAAGGAUCUACUCAAUCGCCUUGGACUCAGCGGUCUGUCCCCUCCCGUUGGCGAUAUCGUUGCUACCGCUGGUAAGGAUGUCAAGAAGCGCUCAGACGCUGGUCUCCUUACCGACCUCUCUUCUGAAGUCAAAGAUCUUCUCAACCGUCUCGGUCUGAGCGGCCUCUCUCCCCCUGUUGGUGACAUUGUCGCUACAGCUGGUAAAGACGUCAAGAAGCGCUCAGACGCUGGUCUUCUCACUGAUGUCUCUCCCGAACUCGCUGCCCUCCUCACAUCGCUCGGUCUUGGUGGCCUUGCACCUCCUGUUGGUGCCGUUGUUGACACUGUUGGCCAGGAUGUGUGA